GAAGCGCAAACAGUUCGCAACGAACGCGCAAAGUGAACGGAACGUCGACGACCUCAAAGUUCUGUGGCGCCCAAAAUAAUCCAGUGAAAAAAAAAGAAAAUUAAAACAAAACCAAUCCAAAACAAUGGCCGCCAUUAAGGACAGUCUGUUGGCCCAGGUUGCUGAGGUCCUGCCCAGCUCCGGGCACAAGGUCACCAUUGUGGGCAUCGGCCAGGUGGGCAUGGCCAGCGCGUUCAGCAUCCUGGCUCAGAACGUUUCCAAGGAGGUGUGCCUCAUCGAUGUCUGCGCCGACAAGCUGCAGGGCGAGCUGAUGGAUCUGCAGCACGGCUCCAACUUCCUGAAGAACCCCCAGAUCACGGCCAGCACCGACUUCGCCGCCUCGGCCAACUCCCGUCUGUGCAUCGUGACCGCCGGAGUGCGCCAAAAGGAGGGCGAGUCCCGCCUGUCCCUCGUGCAGCGCAACACCGACAUCCUCAAGAACAUCAUUCCCAAGCUGGUGGAGUACAGUCCCGAUACCAUUUUGCUCAUGGUGUCCAAUCCCGUGGACAUCAUGACCUACGUGGCCUGGAAGCUGUCCGGUCUGCCCAAGAACCGCGUGAUCGGCAGCGGCACCAACUUGGACUCGUCCCGCUUCCGCUUCCUGAUGUCGCAGCGCCUGGGCGUGGCACCCACCUCCUGCCACGGCUGGAUCAUCGGUGAGCACGGCGACAGCUCCGUGCCAGUUUGGUCUGGAGUGAACAUUGCCGGCGUGCGCUUGCGCGAGCUGAACCCCACUCUGGGCACCGGCGAGGAUCCAGAGAAGUGGAACGAGCUGCACAAGCAGGUGGUGGACUCCGCCUACGAGGUGAUCAAGCUAAAGGGCUACACCUCCUGGGCCAUUGGUCUGAGUACCGCCUCCUUGGCCUCGGCCAUCUUGCGCAACACGAGCAGCGUGGCCGCCGUCUCCACCUCCGUUUUGGGCGAACAUGGCAUUGACAAGGAUGUGUUCCUCUCGCUGCCCUGCAUUCUUAAUGCCAACGGCGUGACAUCCGUGGUCAAGCAGAUCUUGACUCCCACCGAAGUUGAGCAGCUGCAGAAGUCCGCCAACAUCAUGUCCGAUGUCCAGGCCGGUCUGAAGUUCUAAAUCAAAGCAUUCAACUAACAGAUCCAUUCGCAACAUCCAAAAAGAAAACACAACACAAAACAGAGCGGAAUGCUAAUUUUAGUCCAAUUUGGAGCAGCAGGGGAGCAGAAGCCAGUGAAAAGAUGCCACGAAUCGUGGCAUCAAGUAUUUCUGACUACCAAUGUUUAUUUUUAGUACACCUCUCAAUUUAUUUAUUAUUUUUAUGAAUUAGUUCUUGUGUGCCCACACGAAUAAACUGUUUAAAAUUUAAGUUUAA